AUGGCCAAGAUCAAUGACCUAAUGGCGGUCUCGUCAGAGGCUGAGCUCAGAGAUGUGCUGGAUCUACUCCAUGAGCGGGAGGGUGCUCUCAUUGACAAGCUUGAUGCCCCAAUGAAGGACAGUAGAUAUUUCCGUCGAGGUCUUGGCGGUCUAGAUAGUCUCCAUGGAGACCUGGAUAUGCAACUCAUCGCAGCUCGAAGCAUCCAUAGAGCAAUGCUAUCUACCGCGGGUGACACCGCUGAGCGACUGUCUACCAUGAUACGCGCUUUAGAUAUGGAGAAGAGAAGGGUAGAGGCUACGCUGAUUGUUAUCGAGCAAGUAAUGGAGCUCAAGGCGUGUAUAGCUGGUCUUAUAGGCAGCAUGGGUGCUCCUCAGGACUGGGAGGCUGCCGCCAACUACCUCUCACUCGCAUCAAAUAUAACUGAGGAUGUUAUUCGCGGGGACUUCGCUCUAGCUGUUGUCCCGAGCAUUGAGGCUCCAGAUCCCCCAUGGACUACAAUCCAGACUACUCGCAAAAGCCUCUGUGGUCUAUUUUUAAGAGAAUUUAACGCUGCUACUGAACAAGGGGAUGGAGAAGAGGUCGCACGAUUCUUCAAACUAUUUCCAGUCAUUGGAGGCGGUGCGGAAGAAACGGGGCUGGAAGCCUACGGGCAGUAUAUCUGCCAAGGUAUGGCGGAAACAGUCCGAUCAGCUCUCGGAGGAGCACACAAGGAACGUGGCAAGCAGAACGAUUUUUUUUACGCAAAUAACCUAACACGGCUGUUUGAGCACAUUGUGCAGAUCAUCAACAGCCACAGUGGUCUGGUAGAGAGGCAUUACGGCGCUGAUAAAGUCGUGAAGGUCAUUGAAAGACUUCAAAAAGAGGCUGGCAUCCAGGGCGGUAUUAUCUUGGAUAUGUGGAACGACGAACGGGCGGUUACUAGGAUGAUGGCCGAUAUUAAGAGUUAUCCUUUCUAUUUCCUCUCGAAAAGCAUGAUGCCUCUGGACAAAGAUGAAUUUGACUUGGAUGUGAAGAAUGUUGAGGGGCUCUUUGGAGAAAUGACAACCAUGCUAAGGAGUUGGUCGCUUUACGAACGAUUUAUUGCAAGUCAAUGCAAGGGUCUCCUCGACCAAGAGGAAAAGCUGCCGCUUCCGAAAUUUCUCGAUCAGUGUAAUCUCCAUAAGAAGAUCUCAGAGAAGGUCAUCGAGCCAUAUAAACUUACGGCAACAUUCCUCUUCCGAAGAUCAGUGGGGAAGGCUUUUGAGAUGGACGCUGCACCAAGUGGCCUCUCACUGUCGAAGCCGUACGAUGGCAGUCCACCGUUCAUUCUGCAAGCCGUAGACGACAUAAUGUACGUCGUGGACAAUCUACUACAGCAUAUCCUGUCUACGGGAAAUAGAGAGGUGACUGUCUAUAUCAUCUCGGCUAUCAGCAGGGUCCUCGAAUCGGAUUUCAUCGGGAUCAUCCAUAGGCGCAUGAGAGACCAGUGUUACCCCAAACCACUGAUUCAGGGUGGGUUUCCACCGGAGGACAAAAUUAUCAGCUUCAUGGUUUUGAUGAGCACUCUCGACAUGGCGAAGGAGUACCUAGACCGUGUUAUAAGCUCCAAAGGUUAUUUCCCGAAAAGUCAAGGCGAUCUGGCUGGCCCAUCUACCCAACCUCUCAAAGAUUCCUUCCCAUUUGGCAGGGACGCCGAGCUGGUUGCAAAUGCACUACAUACUCUGAACAGCGCGCUAUCUGCUAAAGCUACAGAACUUCUGAACGAUGGCACCCGGGAACUCUUUGAUGAGGUUUUGUGGCCCCGGAUCAGGCUGAUUCUCACAACCUCUUUCCAAGACGCAGUUUACGAUGUGUCGGAAGGGGAGUCCUUGGAUGAAGGUGACGUCGAUGGAGAGACAACACAGCAAGUGUCGGUGCGAUUCGAAGGCGGGUGGUCAGCCUUGACACGGCCACUGAAGCACAUCAUGACGCCGAGAACAUACGCAGCAUUGGCCAGCCUUGCAGCCAACAAGCUGGCAAGGGUGUUAGAGAAGCGUGCGUGGAGUUACUCUGGCCGUUUGACUGCACUUGGUGGUUUGCGGUUGGAGUCUGACUUCUCGGGUAUUAUAAGCAUCAUCGCCCAGGACGACUACGCCCUUCGCGAACCGUUUACUCAAUUGCAAGAGAUUCUUGCAAUUGCGAAUAUGGAAGAUGAUGAAUGGGAUGAGCUUGAAUCAGGAUAUGACUCGUCCAGGCAAGGAAGAAGCAGGUUACUCAGUGACGAGGAUGUGGCUAAGGCGCGCAAGAUCGUGAGAAGAUAA